AUGGCGACUCCUGAAGAGGCCAUACCUCCUUUGUCUGAAUACCAGUGCAAGGUCUGCUUAGAAAUCUUGAUCGAGCCUGUCACACUACCUUGCAAUCACACACUCUGUAAGCCAUGCCUUCAAUCCCUCUUAGAAACGUCAAAUGCAUGCUGUCCCUUCUGCCGCUUUGGGAUCUCUGGAUGGGCCUGGCUCAGUACCCAAAGAAAUACCCUUGUCAAUAUGGAAUUGUGGGAUAAAAUUAAAAAACACUAUCCAGAAGAAUGUACUCUGAGAGUCUCUUGCCAAGAAUCACAAGGAAGCUAUAAUGACCCUCAGCCAGUUCGUCUGAUAAGUGAACCUGGAGAAUUGAGAAGAGAAUAUGAAGAGGAGAAACGCAAGAUGGAGGCAUUGAAACGAGCCGAGGCAGAAGAAGAAAACAAAGCCAGUGAAGAAUACAUACAGCAGUUAUUGGCAGAGGAGGCAGAACAAAGGAAAAGAGAGAUAGAAAGACAACUGAAAAGUGAUAGAGAGCUAGCAAGGAAGAUAAGCUUUGAUAUCAAUUUUGAUGAGGAAACUGGCUGGGCUUCUACCAUGUAUGCCCCAACAUCUAAUCGAGUUACAACCAGGUCACAAACGAAAAGAAUGAAUCAACAAACAAACACUGGCGAUAUUGAGGAAUAUCUAUCACCUCUAUCUCAGCAUGGGCCAGUAUCACUAUCAGAAGUUGUGCAAGAAGGCAAGAAAAUCUCCAUGUCUAAGGAGAGUGAGAGUAGUGAUAUAAAGAGCCCUAUGUGCCAAGGCACGGAAAUUCAGGAAGAUAUUCUAACACUUUCUUCUCAAAUGUGUCAUGAAAUUCAAGAACAAGGUGAAAUGUCUUCAAUAGAGUCGCCUUUGCCUCAGUUAUGUGCCAGUAGCACAGAAUUGUGCCUUGGAGGAAAAGCCAAAAUGAAAUCAAACAAGAAUGACGAAGAGGAGGAACCUAAAGCCAGCAUUUCCUACUCUAGAGAAGAAGCUGCAGUUGAGCCUCAUGGCAACAGGGAGAGUGUGUGCAUUAUGUCAGACAUGGCAGAGAUAACUGAGACAGAAAAUGAAGAAUCUUACCCACCGAGCAGUAAAAAAGAUGUUUCCAAAAGAAAACAACAGGAAUCUUUGUUUGAAACAGCAGGGGAUCCAGGCUCUUCUGCAAAAAGAGGGAGAGUGUUCCCUGAAGCUUCCUCAGACCAAGAGGAAACAGAAGUCGCCAUCACUCCAAUGCCAUUAAAUUUGGGACAUGUACUUUUUGAGAGAGAAAAUCAAGAAGAACAAGAUAGGUUAUCAGCAUUAAAUCUUUGCAAAGAGGGGGAUGAAAAAUAA